UGGUCCUGCUGAGACAACAACAAAAUGAAAAGCAAAAGCAAGCAAAAUCGUAAAUAUUAGCAAAUGAGCCACUUUGACGUUCCCCCAACGUGUUGAAUUGCAAGGCACAGACGCCCUCAAGUGCAUUUAACCCCGGCCGCCGCUUACAGGUGACUCGGAGUGACGAGGACGAGGAGAUAAACGUGUGCAAUCUGCAGAAGCCGCCGCCGCAACACUGUGACGACCGCUGCCAUGUCAGCUCCACUGGCCAGAAAUUGGCCGUACAUAUGGCAACAACUGAACGCCCUGCUGCAUAACACCUCGCCGGUGAUCACGCUGAUCUGCGUUGUAACUACGUUCGGCUACUUGCUCUCCUACUCGGAGACAGCCAUCCUGCUGCUCAGCGUCACUCCUGGAUAUAUUCUGCCGAACGGCAAGUUCUGGAUAUGGACCGCCUUCACGUUCUGCUUCAUUGAGCUGCACUGGUGGGAGGUAGCAGUGGACGUGGUCACCGUUGGCCUCUGCGGGAAAAUGCUGGAGCCUCUCUGGGGUCAGCUCGAAAUGUUCAAGUUCUUUGCAUUGAGCAACUUCGGCGUCUCGCUAUUGACCACCGUCUACUACCUAUUCUACUACAUGGUCACCAAGAAUCCCACUAUUCUCUUCGAGGUCCACAUUCACGGACUGGCAGGCUAUGUGGCCGGUAUCUGUGUGGCCGUCCGCCAGAUAAUGCCCGAUCAUCUGAUCUUCAAGACGCGCUACGGACGUCUAACCAAUAGGAACGUUCCCCUUACCGUGCUCAUCAUGGCUAUAAUCUUGUGGGCAGUGAACAUGUUAGAUGGUACAUACCCGGCAAUGUUUGCUUCCGGAUCGCUUGUCUCCUGGAUCUAUCUGCGAUUCUACCAACACCAUCCGAAUGGGCGUGGUGACAGUUCGGAGAGCUUUACAUUCGUCAGCUUCUUCCCGAACGUCGCUCAGCCGUUUAUCAGUAUACUGGUUAAUCCCAUUUAUAAUUGCUGUUUGCGUGCGGGUGUGGUAAAAACACCCACGCCGCUACGGACGGCAUCUGCAUCUAGCCUUACAUCGAUCUCGGUGCAAAUGCCAGGCGUUGAUCCGCACGAUAUUGAACGAAGACGGCAAAUCGCUUUAAAGGCUUUAAGCGAACGAUUAAAGGCCACGGACGCCACCCGACACUCACAGCUGCCCAAGUCCUUCCCACAGCAACAGCAGUUGCAACACCAACAUCACCAACAUCAUCAUCAAAAUCCCAUGCACCAACAGCACAAGUUUCACGCCCAUGGAGCUGGACACAGUCACAGUCACGUGGCAGGACACGGCCACGGUCAUAGUCAUGGUCCUGGCCCUGCUCAGACACCACAGCCAGAAUUCCUAAAGUCAACAAGCAGCAACGUCAACCAGUUGCCCAUCACAAAAUCGCGAGCAGAGCCGCGCAUGAUCAGCACUAUGAGUAACAUCGCAAUUCCGAUGCCGGCACCACCGCCUAAAGACGUCGGAACCGAGGUUGAUCCCUCAACUGGUGGUGCUGCUUUACUUAUCAACCUAGAUGAUGUCCCAUCCACGUCUUCGACGGCAUAGACAGUGUUUCUACAUCUAACAACAAACAUGAAUUUUUUGAUAUUUAAACGAAUGAUCUAACGAUUUACUCCUCCCAUGUUUUGUAUGAGUAACCAACCAUGUUCAAGUACGUAACCAGUAAUCUUUCUUCCCCAAGUCAUGUCCCCCUUUUGUAAAUGCCGCUUCGUGUGUUUCCAUUGUAGUGUCUGAAGAUUUACGCUUGCUUGCGGCGUACACCGCCGACCCUGCUCCUGGAAUGUAUAAUGAUGUAACAAUAAUGAGAAAAAUAUAUAAGAAAAAUACCUUCCAGGCAAUAUGAGAAUAAGUAGAGAGCCUUUAAAUAGAUGCAUUCUUUCUGUUGUAGUCCUUACAUCUAAUUGAAAAUGAUGCUUUAUUUAGUUAAUAACUGUAAAUAUACAUAUUUAAAAAGUCAAA